UUUACAUGCCGUAAGCGAUCAUUUGGGGUGAAGAAGAUGAAGACCGAAAAGACAAACAUUGAAACGACAGAUGAGAUGAAUAAGAAAAUUGAACUUAUAAAAGAGGCAUUAAGUGAUGAAGAAACAAAUAUCACAACUUUCCAGAAAUUUGCAAUCAGCUAUGGAGGACUUGUUAAUAAUGACAUAAGGAAAAAAGUAUGGCCAAAGCUGUUGAAGGCAGAUAUUUCCAACAUUUCAUCCAAACCAGAAAGUUCUGUCUUAGAGGGACAUAGGGAUUACAAUCAAGUUGUGAUGGAUGUAAACAGAACUUUAAAAAGAUUUCCACCUGGUAUGGAUGACGAUGUACGAUUAGCAUUGCAGGACCAGUUAAUUGACCUCAUUAUGAGAGUGUUAGUUAAUCAUGAAGAACUUCAUUAUUACCAGGGUUACCAUGAUAUUUGUGUUACAAUUCUGUUGGUUGUAGGAGAGGAUGCUGGGUUUGCCCUCAUGGAUAUAUUGUCUUUAAAUCAUCUAAGAGAUUUUAUGGAUUCUAAUAUGGACAGAACAAAACACAUGUUAAAUUAUUUAUAUCCAAUUGUUGGAAGGGCUAAUCCAGAGCUCAGGGAUUUUAUGGAAAGGUCUGAGGUGGGAACAGUAUUUAGUUUAAGUUGGCUGAUAACAUGGUUUGGUCAUGUUUUGGAUGAUAUCAGACACAUUGUGCGGUUAUAUGACUUCUUUAUAGCAAACCAUGGCCUGAUGCCAAUAUAUAUGGCAGCUGCUAUUGUAUUGUAUCGGAAAGAAGAGAUUCUUGCCAGUGAAUGUGAAAUGUGUGUAUUACAUUGCUUGCUGUCUAAGAUCCCAGAUAAUUUGCCAUAUGAGAAGUUAAUCAGUGAUGCUGGAGACUUGUUUUUACAAUAUCCACCCACACAGUUAGCUAAUGAGGCUCUCUUGGCUUAUAAAAAGAAAAAUGACACAAUUAAAGGAAGAAGGAUACAGAAGCAGAAGGAGAAUUUGAAAGCCAAGAGAUAUCACCUGUCAAAGCUGUUCACACAAAAUGGUUCUAAUGUACUAGUUAAAGUAACAUUGUGGACGUUUGUAGCAUUAAUGACUGCUGGAAUGUGGGCCAUUAUUAAUACCUACAGAGAAUUUGAUUGAUGUAUUAGGUUGUAGGAAAUAUGUUUUUAUUUAUCAGUAAACAGCAUUGUAGAGAUACAAGGCUCUCUAUAAAUCAGAAUUAGAAGGAGGCAUCACUUCUCUCUUCUGAGGAAAUUUGAAGAAAUGAAGAAAACAUGAACAGAUUAAAAUUGCUAUAAAAAUUGUUCAGAAUUUUAAAAAUUGAACUAAGAGACACUCUAAACUUUUGUUUGUGGUUCUGGUUAUAUAUUUAAGUAGCAUAUAUUUGUUACUUUCCAAUUUUAUAAGCUAAAAUUUUUUUUCACAAUUUCAAAUCAAAGAACAUUUUGUUGUCUCUAGAAUGCUGUUAUCACCUUUUCUGUUAUAGAGCUUGAAUAUUAUAUAUGAGUUACACAUUCUGUUAGUAAAAGUUUCUAUUCAAAAAUCUUGUGAGCAGUACAAUAGAUUUCUGAAAAUUUAUUAUUACAGGGUAGCUGGAAUUUUGACAUCGAUGUAAAUCUUAGGAUUAUGUACUUUUCAAUACUUUCAGGAAACUUUUUUUUAUUAAGUAUUAUUUUACUACAUUUUUGUAGUAAAAGUAUAUAUAUCUGAAAACAAUAGAUAUACACAUUAUGUUAUCAAUCUGCAUUUACAUAAAUUUGCAUAAUAUAUCAUGUGAGUUUUCCUAAAAAAUUUGUUUUGUUCUCAUCCUAUAAAAUUGUACCUGAUUGAUCAGUGCUCAAAACUAAUUGUAAAAUGUAAAGAAUCAGUGGAAAUUCAAAAUGUUUAAACAAUUCAUGUGAUUGAAAGUUCAUGCAAUCCAGAAAAUCUCAACAGACCUAGGUAGUUAUUAUCCCUCCCCCCCCCCCGUAGGUGAUGGGGGCAUUAAGUGUUACCCUUGACCGUCCAUCUUUCUGUCCUUCCGUCUUUCCGUCUUUCUGUCUUUUCGUCUGUCCCAUUUUUGUUGCAAAACUUGAGCAGGGGCAUUCAUGUCCUCAGACACAUUCUUCUUUUAUUGAACUAUCUUUAUCUUUAUCCAUUAAUUAAGAAAAAAAAUAUAUAAACCAGUUUAAUUCUGAAGCAGCAAUUUGCCUUCAAAAGUAAGUCUUUUCAUUUCUUAAAUUCCAUGGUUAAAAUGGAAAAAUAAUAAUUAACUCAGUUCAGUAAAAAUGAACAAUUGAAAUGCUCUAGAGCUCUGUUGAAAUAUAUGGAGUUUUGUCCUAAAUGCAUUUGUUGUUUUACCACUGUAUUAAUUCAUAGUGGUGUAUUGGAAGUUUUCAGCUUAUUUCAAGACAUUUUGCCAUUGUCAUUGGUUGUAUAUCUGCCUAUCAAUUUAUUUUUAACAUUUCAUAAAAUAUCAGAAAUUGCUUUGCCAGUCUGACCCAAAACAAAAUUGUCCUAAUGGCAUUUAAUUCAAAGAAUAUCUGAUAAACCAACAUUAUUGCUAUUACUCAAGAUAAAACCUAGGAAUAAAAUUACCCCCACCAAAAUAAAUCAAUAAAAAACCUAAAAAAAUGCUGGAAAGGCUCAUUUGCUACCAGACUCAAGGGAAAUGAUAAACUUAUGAUCCUCUUUAAGAAUCAUUAUUGAUAACCAGAAACGCCUAAAAAUGGUCAUUAGUAUAAGUAAUGGUAGAAAAUUUCAAUUUUAAAAUAAUAAUUUAAGUAUUUUUAUAUGCUAACUUAGGCAAUUAACUGAAAAAAUAUACAUUUAAAUUUUUAUGGCUUGCCUACAGGACCGUACAUUGACCUUAAGUUGCUUAAAUCCACUUCAUUUGGUGAAUAGUUGUCUCAUAGGGAAUCAUACCACAUAUCUUUAUUUUAUUAAAAAAGGUCUAAUUAUCUUGAAAACUAAAACAUACAUAUAUAUAGUGAAACAGUAUAAAAAAAAUUGAUCUGCAGGACAAGAUCUACAAAAAGGUAAACAUUACAAAAAUCGUCUGUCAACUUUGCAGGAGUAAUAGGCGCUGAACAUAUGACUUUUGUUGUUAUGUCACAGUUAGAACAGAUUGUUCAAUGACAUCAUUAUCCCAACUUUUAGCUCACUAGGCCUAUGUCCGUCCUUAGACAAUUCAUCAUCUCCUCUGAAACGGAUGGGCCAAAUUAAACCAAAUUUUGCAUGAAUGAUGUCAGGAAGAGUGUCUAUGAAAACUCCUCAUCUUGUUGCAAUCAGAUGAAAAACAUUGGCUAUCUUGAUACUGAUUGGUCAAAUUUUAAAAUUUCUUCUAAAAAAGCUACAAGGCGAAUCGUUUUAAACUUUAUAGGAUUGAUGAUAUGAAGACCCUCUACAAAAAUUCCUCAUUUCGCGCUGACCAAACUUUGCAGGAAUAAUGUUUGGAUAGGUGUCUAUAAGAUUUCCUCAUUUCAUUCUGAUUAGAUUCAAACAUCACAGCCAGAGGCAAUUCCUGAUUAUGAUAGGUUAAUUUUCAGGUUUCUUCUCCUCUGAAACUACAAUGCCAAAUCUUAUCAAGGUUCAUACGAAUGAUGAUUGGGAUACCCUCUUAGACUACAAAAUUCCUCAUUUUGUGCUGAUUGGGUGGCAUACCUGACAGCUAUAGUGGCAAUAAGGUUUCCAUUGAAGCAUAUGUGAAAUCACCUUUUCAUCAUCCUCUUUGAAACUAGAUGGCCAAUAAUAAACAAACUUUGCGGGAAUAAUAUUGAAAGGGUGUGUUUGAAUUUGCUCAUUUCAUUCUGAUCAGAUUAAAAUAUGACAGCCAUUGGCAAUUCUGGAUUCUGAUUGGUCGAUUUUUAAAUUUUUUCUCCUCUGAAAACAGUGCCAAAUCUUUUCAAACUUUAUAGGAAUGAUGAUUUUGAUACCCUCUACAAAAUUCCUCAUUUCGUGCUGAUUGGGUGGCAUACCUGGUGGCUACAGUGGCACAUAGGUUUCCAUUGAGGCCUAUGGGAAAUUACAUUUUCAUCACCCCCUCUGAAACCAGAUGGUUAAUAUUAACCUAACUUUGCAGGAAUAAUGUAUGGAAGGGUAUCUAAAAAAUUCCUCGCCAGAAGCCAUUCUAGUUUCUGAUUAUUCCAAAUUUCUUCUCCUCUGAAACUACAAUGCCAUAUCUUUUCCAACUUUAUUGGAAUGUCAUGAUGAUCAGGAGACUUUCUACAAAAAUUCCUGAUUUUGUGCUGAUUACCUAGGUGGCAAAUUAUGCUGAUCUCCGGUGAGUGAUUUCUUGGCGCCUCUAGUUGCAUUUGUAGAAUUAGUGAUAGAAAAAACUGUAAAUAGCAAAAACAAGCCAAAUCAGAUCUACAAAUAAUUCAACAUGGUUGAAAUUGUCUGUAGACUACUUAUAGGAGUAAGGCAAUGAUUUUUUACCAAUUAUAGCAAAAUCGAACAGCAACAGAAGGUCUACAAAAUGUCAUAUGAAUGAAAUCUUUAAUGGUAUACUAACAAGAAUUAUUGCAGCUGAAUAACAGUUUUAACCAUUUUUUACAUUUUUGCUUAUUAUCUUGAAUUUAAAGGGGCACUAGCUGUCAAAAUCAUAUUCACCGAUUUGACUCAAAUUCUCAUAUUUGAUUUAUAAAAUACUAAAACACAUAUCCAAAUUAUAACAUGUCUUAAAUAAACAGUUAAUAAUGCAUAUACUAGAUAAUAUAUAUCAGAAUUUCGUGUGUAUUUUAGUCUAGACACCAUCUAAUUAACUAUCGAGAUGACCCCGAAAACUACAAACGGUCACAUAUCAAGUUUUUAACAUAAACAUAGAUAUAAAUAGAAAUGGUCCUCGUGCAAAUGGAUUUUUCUAUGUUUGUUUGAUUUCGUGUUUUAGGUAAAAAAUAAGUUAAUUUUCGAUUUUUACCUGCAUAAGAAUGAUUGUUUUGUGGAUCGAACCAGUCAAUCAAAUGAUGUACCUUUGUUUCACUUUCCAUGUUGACAUUUCUUUGUAUUAAUAACCAAACACGCAUAAAUCAUGUGUAAUCCAUCUCUAGCUAAGGGGUUAAAUUGAAGUUCACAUGAAUCCGGAUUCAAUGAGGUCGAAUUAUUCACUUGCAAGUGAAUAAUUCAUCAUCAAUGUUUCUUAGCUUAUUUUGACAAAAUUGAACUGUACUGGCUGCUAAAAGCGAAUUAUUAUUUCACUAUUUCACUUUCAUUAACUAUUGAACAAAAAAAAUCGUAAUUUGAAUUUUGUAUGUAUCUCGUAGCUAGUGCCCCUUUAAUUGAUAGACAGAUCGAAGCAUAGUUCAGUUGAUCAGCAAAACAAAAUUUUUGCCUACACAGUUACCAUUCAACACAAAUAUUGUUAUUGUUAUUGCAUUGUAUUAAUUUUAUGCCAAAAGUCAAGGUGAGUGAUAUAGAGCCUCUAGUUUCAUGAAUAUACAGACGAACCAUGUUAGGUUGGGUUUAGGAAACCUCUGAUCAAAGGAGGUGUUCUGCAUUUUUAAGUUACCAACAUCAAUUCUAUGUUUAAAUACAUGUAGCAGAUGAGCAAUACAGAAUCCUUAGAGCCUCUAGUUUUGUACUGUAUAUGUUUGGUGUUUUUUUAUUUUGGCAUUCUACAUUGUUUUUUAAAAAAAGUUUUAGAAUAAGAGGGUGCACAAUUUUUGAAAGUACAGGAGAUUUAUACAUAUGCUGGUAUUCACAAAUUAACUUGUAAAAAAAAACUUAACAUAAAUAUAUUGAAUAUCUUUUUAUAACUUAUUAGCUAAGUUGUCACAUACAUGCUGAUUUUAUUACUUUGUAUGUGCACCAUGGAAAACACAUUGCAGACUCAGGUUUUUCUUUUGAUUUUCUGAAAGUACCUUUCAUAACAUGAUCAUUGCCCAAAAUAUUGAGUCCAUUCUUUAAGUAGCAUUGAAAAUUACUUAUUUAUUGAAAGAAGUUUACAUGUACAUUGUAUUAAGUUUGUAUUUCUUUAUAGAAAUUCAUAUAUCAAUCUGUAUACUUAAUAUGCAGAAAGAAAAUUUGCAUAAAAAAAUAAGGAAAUGGUGACUAUAUGCUGUUGGAUUUUUAAUGUAUGUAACAUUGUUUACUAUUAUUUGUGCAAUAUAUAUGUAUAUUAUGUCCUGUUAUUGAAGAAAAUAAAAGAAUUUAAAAACUUAAAAA